AUGGCUCCUCCCAAAACCCUCAAUUUCAUCACCGGCAACAAAAACAAACUUGUCGAGGUGAAAGCUAUUCUGGGUGAUACCAUUGACCUUCAAAGUCAAUCUCUCGACCUCGUUGAGAUCCAAGGGACUAUUGAGGAAAUCUCCAGCGACAAAUGUCGAAGAGCUGCAGAAAUUAUUCAAGGUCCAGUGCUAGUUGAGGAUACAUGUUUAUGUUUCAACGCAUUAAAGGAAUUGCCUGGUCCAUACAUUAAAUGGUUUAUGGAUAAAAUAGGUCAUGAUGGACUGAAUAAUAUGCUUGCUGGAUUUUCAGAUAAAUCUGCACAAGCAGGCAAGAUCGUACCUGCAAGAGGUCCAGCUGCAUUUGGUUGGGAUCCUAUUUUCGAGUAUGAAGGUCAAACAUACGCCGAGAUGGAGAAAGUUGAGAAGAACAAAAUCUCUCAUCGUUUCCGAGCACUCGAGAAAUUGAAGACAUGGCUGCAAGAAGAAGCAUAG